CGGGACCACGGCGGGACGUGCCCGGGCAUGUGAGCGCAGCAGCUUCCGGGCGAGACACGUGGGAGCCGGGGCGGUAGCGCAGGGAUGCCUCCUGGCAAAGGGCAGCUGACCCCGCUGCUGCCCACCCCGAAGGACUCUGUGCCCACCCCACAAGGCACCCAUGGCCCUGCUGCGGGUGGCUGUGCUCAGCCACCAGAGGGUCCCGGUACACUGCAGGGUCGCAGCAAGAAGAAGAGCCGCAAGCAUCAGCGAUUCAUCGAGCGCCGGACGCUGUUGGAGCAGAAGGGGCUGCUGAGCCCCCGCCGGUGCCUGGACAGCCAGGCCCCCAUGGCAGGGCCGGAGGCAUGCAGCACGCUUGCCAAGGCAGGUGGCACCACGGCACUGCACUGCGGGAAGGUCCCCAAACCCAAACAGGUUCCCUCCCCAUCCCUGUCUCCGUCCGCCUCUCCAGACAGCAUAGCCAGGCACCACUCCGUGCUCCUCUCCCAGGGGAAUGGCAGCUCCAAGGGGGUGCGGACGUGCUCCCCACUCCUGUGCCCAGGCAAAUAUGUGGCCAUCGACUGUGAGAUGGUGGGCACCGGUCCUCAGGGCAGGCUGAGCGAGCUGGCGCGGUGCUCCGUGGUGAACUAUGAGGGGGACGUCAUCUAUGACAAGUACGUCCAGCCUGAGCUACCCAUCGUGGACUACCGGACGCGCUGGAGUGGCAUCACCAAGCAGCACAUGAAGAGGGCAAUUCCCUUCAAGACUGCCCAGGCAGAGAUCCUGAAGAUCUUGAAAGACAAGAUUGUGGUAGGACACGCCAUCCACAACGACUUCCAAGCUCUGAAGUACUUCCACCCAAAAGACAGGACCCGAGACACCAGCCGGAUCCCUGUGCUGAACCAGAAAGCAGGGCUGCCUGUCAAGGCCAGCGUCUCUCUCAAGAGCUUGGCCAGGCACCUGCUCCAGAAAAAGAUCCAGGUUGGCUGCAAAGGGCACUCAUCGGUGGAGGAUGCUCAGACAGCCAUGGAGCUGUACAGACUGGUGGAGGUACAGUGGGAGACGGAGCUGGCCCAUAGCCUGCCCCCCCGGCCCCCCAGCCCCAUCACAGACCCCACCACAGACAGCAACCAGUACAUGGAUGACCGGUACUGGCCCACGGACCUGAUGGCAAGCAGCCUGUAAUGGGGAACGCCGCAGGUUUCUGGCCAUCCUGAUGCCUUCAGCUAUUAAAGGUGGAGGCAGCUGCCAACGUCCUUCCCCAGGGCUUGUGCCCUGCCCGGCACCUGGCCCACUGAACAGCAGUGCAGAGGAGUCAGAUGCCCCCCAGCCCCACUCAGGGACAGAGAAAUGGUGGCAGAUGGACAUCGGUAAUCUCCUGAAAAUGCUGUUUGCAGCUUCUUGCUGUUACACAGAAAUAAGCAUUGUGACUCUGCUGUGUUCAUCUGUCAUUUGGUGCUCGGGGACGAGCAGGGUCCAGGUGGAGGAACCCCUGUGGGUGUGCAAUGGCUGUGGCAGUGGGGUGGGGCUGCCAGGGCACCUCCCAUGUCCCCUGGGAGGGGAUACCCCCAUGGUGGGCAAGUGGCAAGUCUUCCCAGGAGAGGACUGGGGUGUCUCGCUGAUGCCCAAAGGCUGUAAAUCAUCCAGGGGCAACUUAAACGACCAAUUUCCUUGUCACUUUGCACAGUGAAGCCUGAAAAGAAAGUCUGUGUCUAAUCAAUGUCCAGCCUUGACAAGAGCAUAGGAUGCACUUCAUUUUAAAUACUCUACUUACAUGUUUGUCCAAUUCUGAAUUAAAAACUGGUCCUGCAAAA